AUGAUCGCGAUUUUACAACGAGCGAAAGGAUUGUUUUAUGACGAUGAAAUGUUCAAGCAUAGGAAGGAUAAAGUACUAAAGAGCGGAAAAAUAUCUUACAAGUGCACCAAAGCGGGCUGCAAAGACAGGUGCACUUGGAUUGAUUAUCGCAAUGAUUUCCCUUUGCGGCAUCAAUUAGAGGAAAGUACAUUGAAAUGUUCGGCACAUUUUGUGGCAAUGAAGCUGUUGGAGGUU